AGGUGUUACAAUAAACCAAACCAAAAUCACCCUUUUAAACACACUACUCUUCACAAGGCACAAACAUACACUACAUCUCUUUGCUUACUCUCCUUUAAUUUUGUGAUUAUCAUUAUGAUACCUAAAAAAGAAAACACUUUUGAGAAUUUUCUUUUUUUUUUUUUUUUUAAAUUAUGAAGACUAUAAUGGCAGCUAAAUCACCUCAUGACUCUUCUUUCUCAUUCUCUAGAAGAUACUUCCAUUGGAAAAAGAAGGCUUUGGAUGAUGACAAUGAUGAAGAAAUCCUCAACAUAAGUUCAUCAUCCCAUUUCCCUGAAGAUGGUGAUGGUGAUGACAAAGAACAAGAUCAUCACCAUCAUCAUCUUCGUCAUAAUUACCUAAGAAUCCAAAUGCCACUAGAACUUGCUGCACUUGAAAAGAAGAAGCAUUCAAAGUCCAAGUUCAAGUCAGCACUAACAGUUUUCACCAAAUAUAAUUCAAGCUCCCUUGGAAGACGUAUGGUGGGUACCCUUUUCGGAUACCGUCGUGGACAUGUCCAUUUUGCAUUCCAAGAGGACUCAAAAUUAUGCCCUGCGUUCUUGAUUAAGCUAGCAACACCAACAAGUGUUUUAGUUAGAGAAAUGGCUUCUGGAAUAGUGAGAAUUGCUUUAGAGUGUGAGAAGAAAGUAGGAGGAGGAAAGAAAAAGGGUUUGAAGUUACUUGAGGAACCAAUUUGGAGUACUUAUUGCAAUGGAAGGAAAUGUGGUUAUGCAUAUAGGCAUGAAUGUGGGUCAGAGGAAUGGAAAAUAUUGAAAGCUGUUGAACCUAUUUCAAUGGGUGCUGGUGUCUUGCCAAUGCCAAGUAAUGGAAAUGGAGGUGGUGAGUAUGAAGGUGAGGUUAUGUAUAUGAGAGCAAAAUAUGAGAGAGUUGUUGGUUCUAAAGAUUCUGAAGCUUUUUAUAUGAUGAACCCUGUUGGUCAUGGGGGUCCUGAACUUAGCAUUUUCUUGAUUAGAGUUUAACAUAUUGGCAAUAUGUAUUGGUGUCUCAAUCUAUAGUUUUAUGUGAUUUUGAUAAAUCUGUUUUGCAUUCGUGUGGAAAUGAGAUGAGAUGGUAUGAUUCUCAAUUGCAGUCCGUUGGUCUGUCAUAUUUUGAAAUUUGAUAAUGUCAAAAAUAUGGACGAUGUGAUUGCAAUUAUACUUAUGUUACUGUUGUGAAAAUCUCAAAAACCUUUAUGUUGUAAUUGUAAUUGCAGUUGGUAACUACAAUUUUAAAUUAUAUAUGUGAAGAAUUAUAUAUGCAA